UUGUGCCACAGGCAACAGAAGCAGCAAGUCAUCCUGACGGCGGUAAUUUCCUUUUCCAGCUCCUGGGCUGUACAUCUGCUCGACCGGAGCGAGGUGCAGUCAUAGUCGGCAGCGAGGGGACGAAGGUGUGUGUUUGUGGCCACGUUUCGUCGCCUUUUUACGCUUCCUGAAAGCAAAUAACAACACAUGGACCCUCCAAACGUGAACAUGGAGGCGAAGAAGAUGUUGCUGAGCCACGCGAAGACCUUGAGGCUCCACACUGGGAAUUUAGUCAACAGAACUCGCCUGAAGAAGAAAUGUCCGUGCUCCCCCAGCGAGGAGCUUCAAGAAUGCAUUCAGGCCACACUGAGCAGCUGGGUCUCCACGAUACAACCCCCGAUGAAGGACCUACCAGACACACUGGACUGCAACAUCCCCCAAGCCACAGAUGCUAUCAUACCUGAGGAGAGGGAAGAGCUUAAGGUUUCAGCCAAACUCUUCCUGUUUGAGUCGGGUCAGUCUUCCAUCAGCGAUGCCGUGGAGAUGGCCUGCCAGACGCUGGCCGUGUCCCAGCUGGACUCUGUUAUCAUCGCACCGCGCGGCCUCCUGGGCAGCGACAGCCAAACGUUGGCUCCCCUUCAGCCGGCGUGGGAGGAGCUGGAGGCGCUCGUCCACAGCCAGAGGAUCGCAGCCAUCGGCACCUCCGACCUGGACAAAGACCUACUGGAGCAGCUCUACAACUGGGCUCAGGUGAAGCCCAGCAGCAACCAAGUGAACCUGGCCUCCUGCUGCGUGAUGCCCCCCGACCUGACCGCCUUUGCCAAGGAGUUUGACAUCCAGCUCCUGACGCACAACGAUCCCACCGAGUUGAUAUCAGCCGCCACGUUCCAAGAGGCGAUGCAGGAGGGAACGCAGCAUCUCAGCGUGGGUGAUUGGAGGCUGGAGUGGGUCCUGCGCUACUCCAUCAUCGUCAAGAGCCGGGGCAUCAUCAAGGCCAUGGGCUACCUGUUCAGCGCAAGGAAGGCGGACCUCUAACAUGCGCCCGACCGAAGACGACACACACAGAUUUGUUUCUCUCUUUCCAAUUUUACCAGUUCUGGAACAUGGAUGCUGCCAAUCAACUUGAACUGUGAACUCCGUUUACUGUAGAUCUUAUACAAUGCUGCACCGUUAUCAUCCUCUUUUACUACUUUCUAUCAAAGAAAGUAUUCAUGUCAGAUCAGUGACGCAGGCACUUUUUUAUGUGGCUUUCUCAGCCAUUUAUCAGCUGAUUUGAGUCAUGCCUCUCAUUGCUUCCAUGCAGCUAAAUUGAACAGCAAGUAAAAGUGGGGGUUGCAUAUCAAAUUUAAAGACACACCUUCACUUUUCCACUGAUACAAGUUGCUUUUGCACACGAUAAAAGCAGUCAGGCACAAAAGUUACCUCCAAUGGCAGCCAUCCUUGCUAUUCAGACCCAUGUGACAAAAAGCAGCCAAUGUUUGUGUCAAACUUUGUAUGACGUCUGCACUAAAGGUAGCUUCAGGAAGUAAAUAUCGCCUUGUAACUUGUACCUGUACUAGUAGAGCAUCGUUGAGCGUCUUAAAUCUGUUCAGAUGUGAAGUGCCUGGCAGCAGAGCCUCAUGUCCUCAAACCUGCUUUGUCGUCAUCACUCGUGAGUCAUGAAUUUUUCUAGUACUGUACAUCAUUUGCAGCAUUUUGUGAAGAUAAAUGACAAGUUUGAUUUUACUCAUGCAUUUUUUAUAUAUAUGUAUGGUAUAUUCACCCACUAAUUUGCAUUCCUUAGUUCAGGAAAAAAAAUCAAGUUGAUACUGUUAUACCAUCAGCAUUGAAAUCAAAGCAUCUGAUUUAAUCUCUUUGUGAUGCUAACAUUUUACUGAUUUGUUGAACAGUUUGAGAUUUAGGUUGUUAGCUCGUGUGUGUGUGUUUUAAUAGCUCCAGUGAUGUGGAAAGCACGUUUUAUUUAUGAAUCAUGAUCUGGAAAAUCACAUGAAACUCUCCUCUAUUGUACUGUAAACAUCUGUAAAUCACAAAUGGGCUUUAUUAAAAUGGACAUCAAAUAUGGGUACUGUUGGUGUUGC